UUUAUUUUUUCUAAAGAUAUGUUAACUUUUUGUGGUCCAUUGGCAGUCCUGGUGAUUUUGGUCACUGACGUUUCCACUUUGGUUCCACCUCCUGAAAAUGUGACAGUGAGCUGCAAAAACUUUAGGACAAUUGUUUAUUGGAACUACAGUGAACCCUCUCCUCAAACAUUCUUUGAUUUAAAAAUAACUGGUGAUAACAGUUUGAAUGACAUAAGAAAUAUUAAACAGCAUCAUUACGACCUUUCUGACUUGAUAUGGAACACUGAAGAAUUGGAUCGCUACUUUGUGAAUAUAACGGCCAAUGAUGGAACAGAGACAUCAAGUCCUCAAGAGUCUUCAUUAUUCACUUUUAAUAGACGCAAGACAGCCAUAAUCCACUGCGAGUUGGAUUUCCCAGAUGUAGAUCUUCCCAUGAUGGAUGAUAUGGUCAAAGUAAGCUUUAAAAACCCUUAUCACCUGUACCCAGAACUGAAAAGGUCUCACAUGUGUGGAGAUGACAUAUCCUUCCAUUGGAAAGUAUACACAAAUAAUUCUCACGAAGAAAUUCUUCAUGAAUUUUAUUGUAAAAAAGAAAAAUGUGGUGAGGAAUUCAUAGUCCCUGAAAAGAAGCAAAAUAAUUGUUUUAGUUUUGAAGGGGAUGCGAUGGAACACAGAUUAGCCUUCAAAAGAAAAGGACCAAUCUGUAUUUUACAUGAAAACAAAAUCAACUCACAGACAAUAUAUUUGCCCAUCAUAUUUUCAUUGAUUGUCUUGGGGGCCAUUAUUUUAAUAACCUGCUGGAAAUUUUGGGGAAAGCAGAACCAAGGUUUGGCCAAUUUCCCAAAGUCUUUGGCUUCACUCCUAUCGAACACACAUGGCAAGAACUGUCAUAUGCACUUGCCAUUUGAAAGCAUGUCGCUCAUCAAUAGCAUAGAACCAGACUUCACCCAAACCCAGAGUCUGUUGGAGAUGCCUGAGCAGAACAUACCGGAGGACAUUGGGAUUCCUGAAUCUGGCUAUGACAGAAAACAUGUGGUGGAGAUGAGUCCAGGAGAUGUAGUGUCAGGCUAUGGUCCCGCUUGAACACUAACGACCCUGACCUUACACCUCUGUUCAGUUCAGCUCUGCUGGUUGACCUGAGGUGUGACAGGAAUGGGAGAUGCAGAAGACAGAUGCAGCACCAAAGCAGAGGACUUGUCAUGAGGACUUUUAACUGCUCAAAACUGUUUUACUACUCACAGCUUCUUUUUUACUUCAUGAAGUCCAGUAAAUAUAUAAGUUUGCCACCAUCAAUCACCUAUCUGACAAGCUUCCUAUGAUCAAGCUUGGAGGAUGGAUGCCUUGACAUCCGUUUAACUAUAAGCUAGGCAACUGAUUUAUUGCUUGUCUUGCAUUGCGUUCUUGAGUACUUUGAGAUUAUUAUUAUAGAAAUACAUUACUAUUCUAGGAAACACAAUCCCAAAGACAAUGACAUGUAAUCUCACUAAGGGGGUUAACUUCAAAACCCAAAUGUAUCUAGAAUAGAAUUGAAUAACACUAUUAAUCCCUAAGGGGAAAUUCAGGUGUCAAAGCAACAGCCACAUUUACAAUCAAUGUAUCAAUAGAUUCCAAUGUAAAUAAAUACAGAUACAAACAUUUUCAAAAUGUUCAAACAAAAGAAUGGCAGCAGCAACCCUCAUCCUCCUCUCCGCCACCAUCUCCAGAUUGUCCAGUUCAGGCCCUACGACAGAGCUGGCCUUCCUCACCAGCUUGUUUAGCCUGUUCGCAUCGCACCCUCUGAUUGCACCUCCCCAACACACAGUGGCAAAGAAGAGAGCACUGACUACCACAGACUGAUAGAACAUGUGCAGUAGCCUGCUGCACACGUUGAAUGACAGGUGCCUCCUCAGAAUGAACAGCCUACGUUGUCCUUUCUCAUAGAGGGCCUCUGUUACUGGACCAGUCCAGUUUGUUAUUGAGAUGCACUCCCAGGAACCUGUUUGAGUCCACCCUCUCAGUCGACCUCCCUCCCAGACGAUAAUGGGGGUCGGGGGCUUCUUGCGUCAUCGGAAAUCCACCACCAGCUCCUUCGUCUCUUUAAUGUUGAGCUGUAAGCAGCUAUUGACACACAAUCUGACGAAGCACUCUACUACGCCUCUGUACUCCUCCUCGUUGUCGUUCCCAAGCUGCAGCUGACAAUUGAAGAGUCGUCUGAAAACCUCCGCAGGUGGCACGUUUUGGAGGAGAAACAGGAGUCAGAGGUGUAGAGAGUGAAGAGAAACCCGGGCACCUGUGACGGGGGGUCUCAACAGGUGGGGUAUAGUCCGUGUGGUGGGAGGAGAACGGGGGAUAGCAGCAGAGGUGUGUGCAGGAUUACGGUGGAUGGCCUUUAGUAGACCUUUAGUUCAUUAGCGCGAUCCCGACUCCCCUCCCCCCGUUCGCUCCUGACUGGCUGUAGACUGUGGUCUUCAUUACCCCCACAUCUCUUCAGUGCUGUCCUGCUCCAGUUGCCUAUUAGUGUCUUCAGAUAUCUUUGUCUGUGAUCACUGCAUGGGCUCAGGAACACUUCUGAAAUCCUUUGUCUAUAAAUGCCAUUUGUUUUUUGCAUUCGCAAAUGCAAGUUAAAACUCUACCAUGCAAAUAAACCAUAUAUAAACAAGAUCCGGUCGGCCAGGGAGCAACCGCUAGGCUGAAAUAUCAAGAUUAUGUUUACUUAAUUACAGUGAGAGGAGACCAUACAGGCACAGCAAAAUGUAUUGGAUGUUUAACAACAAGUGGAAACCAUAGAAACCAAACCCACCUUCGAUGGUGGUGUAACCUCCUUCCAUAGCAAGCUCCUUCAAUGUUACCAUAAUAAACAAUGACACUUUGUUCAUAUGUGUCCAUAUUCAUCUCACUGUCAACAAAAUGUCUUUAAAAGAUAAAACUAUGCAAGGAGAGUACAGUUGUGCUGAAAGGUUUGCAUACCCUUGGAGAAUUGAUAAUGUAUGUACCAUUGGUAAAGAAAACAUGAGUGA